AUGAUUGCCCGCUCAAGCAAUCCUGAUGGUGCAGCACAUCUUGAUAUCCUCAACUGGUUCAACUACCUUGCAUUCGACGUCAUCGGUGACCUGGCCUUUGGUGCCCCGUUUGGCAUGCUCUCUUCUGGCGCCGACAUGGCGGAGGUUCGUGCGUCUCCAGAGAGCCAGCCCAUUUAUGCUCCUGCUAUCGAAAUUCUCAACCGCCGCGGCGAGGUAUCUGCCACGCUUGGGAUCAUGCCGUGGCUCAGGCCUUUAGCCAAGUAUUUCCCAGAUCCUUUCUUCAGCAAGGGCCUUGAAGCUGUCGAUAAUUUGGCUGGUAUUGCCGUCGCUCGAGUUAAAGCACGCCUGGAAAAUCCUCCACCUACUCACCGCAAGGAUCUUCUCCAGCGCCUGAUGGAAGGACGGGAUGAGAAGGGUAACCCUUUGGGUCGGGAGGAACUGACUGCCGAGGCGUUGACUCAGCUGAUUGCUGGCAGCGACACCACCUCCAACUCAUCCUGCGCUCUGCUCUACUAUGUUGUGCGAACUCCUGGUGUCCUGAAAAAGCUCCAGGAGGAGUUGGAUGCCAAGCUUCCUGCAGACAUUGAUGUACCUACCUUCGAGAUGGUCCGCGACUUGCCGUACUUGUCAGCCGUCGUCAAUGAGACCCUGCGCUUCCACUCCACUUCGGGAAUUGGUCUGCCCAGGCAGAUCCCCCCGAUGCCGAAAAAGGCCUGCGGUACAAGGAUUAUUACUUCCCUCCAGGGACAGUUCUCAGCGUUCCUACUUAUUCGAUCCAUCAUUCGAAGGAGAUUUGGGGCGAGGAUGCGAAUGAGUUCAAUCCGGAGCGGUGGUUCAGGCUGA